GGUUAUGGAAACUAAAAGACCAGACAUCAAGUACUCCGAUUUUAUCAAAGGCUCCACCUUGUUUAAUUACAUGUGAGCGCACACGUUGCUGAUCCUGCAGUCGUACACGACAACAGCUGUGAAGCAGACUUGCAGCGAGGCUGUAUUAGAAGGUGAAAAUGAGUGAGGAAUUCGCUGAAUAUGGGGAAGACAUGGAGCAGCCGUGUGAUCUGAACAGUAAUUCAGUACGCCUUCAAAUUAAGUAUUGUCUCCAGGUCUACGUUCACCCGCUUAUCUGCAUAGUAGGUUUCAUUGGGAAUAUCCUAGUGAUCCUUACAUAUUCUUUCUACAAGCGUACCAAGUCCAUGACGGAUGUUUACCUUUUGAACGUGGCCAUAGCAGACGUCAUGUUUGUAGUGGCCCUGCCUCUGAUUAUCUUUAGUGAGCAGAAUGACUGGGUUUUGGGUAACUGGUCCUGCAAGCUAUUGCGUGGCAUUUACAACAUCAACCUGUACAGCGGCAUCCUGCUUCUGGCUUGCAUCAGUUUAGACCGCUACUUGGCUAUUGUACAAGCUCGCCGGUCUUUCCGAUUCCGCUCGAGUAUGAUGGUCUACAGUUACGUGAUCUGUGCGUUUGUCUGGCUUUUGGCCUUGCUCCUGACUUUGCCCACCUUCAUAUUCUAUGAGCGCUACAAGCCCAGUCAGACAUACAAUACAACGUUUCUAGAAUUUACACACGCCACCUCUGAUGCUACAUACCUGCCUGAAGAGUCGACAGUAUCAGCUUCUGACGCACACAUCGUUCCAUCAGAGGAGCAGCACAUAUGCUUCUUUCGUUUCACCGACAACGACACCGCAAAGCGUAUCAAGGUGCUAGUGCCGAGUUCCCAGGUGGCUGUGGGGUUUUGCUUACCGUUGCUGGUCAUGGGCUUCUGCUACUCCAGUGUGAUGUACACACUCCUGCGCGCCAAGAACUUUCAAAGGCACAAGGCUGUGCGUGUGGUCCUGACCGUAGUGUUGGUUUUCAUCGCCUGCCAUCUGCCCUACAACGCAGCCCUGUUCUACGACAUCGUUUUCAUGUUCUCAAAUGCAGACUGCAGUGAGCAUUACACCAUACAGCUGGUGCUGAUACUCACUGAAAGCUUGGCCUACCUGCACUGCUGCCUCAACCCACUGCUCUACGCCUUCAUUGGGGUCAAAUUCAGGAACCACUUCCGUAAGGUUGUGGAGGACCUCUGGUGCCUUGGGAAGAACUACAUCGGUGCACGACGCACGUCACGAGUCACCUCUGAGGCUUACUUAUCUUCCCGAAGAUCUGUAGAUAGCUCAGCGAACGAAAACAAUACUUCCUUUACCAUGUAAAAAAAAAUGGCCUAUGUCUAAUUAACAAUCAAAACUGAGGGGUAUUCACACUGCCAGGUUUUUGGCUCUUUGCUGCACUGAAAAACAAUGCAAGCUCCAUGCUACAGUUAAUAAUUUUUUUUGUGUUUAAUUUUUAAAUACAUGUUUAGUUCUUGCAGCAAGAAGAUUUUUUAGUAACUUCUUACUUCUUAUGUUUGGUAAUAUUUUUUCCUGUACUUUUGUGUAUAAAGAGCUUUAAUAAUACAGUAGAUGCAGUCCACUGUCAUUUGUAUUUCUUAAAUAAAAUGAGCUUCUGCUGUUAAAAAAAAAAAAAAAAAAAUAGAAAUAUUGUUAUUCUUUUGGGGUUUUUUUUUUUUUUUUUUUAUUUAAGUUUGACUUGAAUUUUUCCUGUACCAGUGUGGUAUGUGUUCAUUUAUAUAGCUAUUGAGUGCUUACGCACACUUCUGUUAAAUGAGAAUGAAAUGCAGAAAUGCAAUGACGUCUAAAGGAUUAUUUGUGAGCUGAUGUUAUUGUACAGUGGUGUUGUUUUCAGGGCUCCAGAAGGUUUGCUAAGAUUCAUGAACAAUAAAAAAAAAUAUGAAGGAAUGAAUUUGAAUGUCUGCAGAUACUGAUGGUGUUUGUUUCUUAGUGAAAGAAAAUAGUAUUGUAUAAAUAUUGGCAUAAAAAUAAAGAUAUUUGUAUCAAA